AUGUCCCAGACUCAGUUUGUUCUAAAUUCACCUCCACCAUCGUGGAUUGAGGGUGAACAAUUCCGAAUUCAUUGUGGGAUUUCGGGUGGUUUUAUGCGUAAGAUUGAGCCUAUUGGUAAUCAAUUCCUUGCGCAUGCUCGCCGAAAGUUGAAUAACCAUUCUUUUUCCGAGGACGAUCGUAUUCAGGCAGAAUCUGCGGUAGAACAAGCUGAGGAAGUUCUUUCAGAUGAUUCGGAAGAAGAGACUCCCGAUUUGUUAAAUAGAGAUCCAAAAGAUUGGAAGGAACAAGACCAUUAUGCAGUAUUAGGACUCUCUAAAUAUAGGUGGAUAGCUACCGAUGAACAAAUCAAACAUGCACAUCGGAAGAAAGUUUUGAAGCAUCACCCGGACAAAAAAGCUUCUAGUGGGAAUACAAAUGAUGACGCUUUCUUCAAAUGCAUACAAAAAGCCCAUGAAGUUCUUUCCGAUUCUGUUAAACGUCGUCAAUUUGAUUCAGUGGAUGAAGCCAUCGAUGAUACUCCACCAAGUAUAAAAGCUAAGGGUGACUUUUUUGAGCUAUACGGUCCUGUGUUUGAGCGAGAAGCGAGAUUUUCGAAUAAAACUCCGGUUCCUAUGCUGGGCGAUAUAAAUACACCCAAAUCAGAAGUUGAAACAUUUUAUGAUUUCUGGUACAAUUUUGAUUCCUGGCGUUCUUUUGAAUACCUUGACAAAGAAGAUACAGAUAAUCAGACACUUUCUUUAGACCCACGCAUUAUCAAAUUUAAACAAGAGGAGAAAGCUGCAAGAGACGCUAAGAAAAAGGAGAAAGAAGAGGCAGCUAAAAGAGCUGGGGAAGCGGCAAGAAAGGCCGCAGAGGAAGAAAAACAAAAGAAAGAGAUUGCUGAGGCUGAAGCGAAACAGAAGCAAGCUGAGGAAAAGAAGGAAAAGACAGUGAAGAAGAAAGCAGUUCGCAAUGAAAGAAAAAAUAUAAAAACGCACGUCAAAAAUUAUAAUUAUUUUUAUCCGGACAAUCAAACACCGCCAGUGGAUAUCAUUGAUAUUCAAUUAUCAGAACUGGAUUCGUUAUUUGAAAAUCUUUCUUUGGAAGACUUACAAAACGUUAGAAAGCAGUUGGAUUCCGCUGAAGAUCAUAUCAAUGAAGUAGUCGUUAAAGAAGUUACCCCGGUUGAAAAACCUGUUGCAAAAGAAGAGCCUAAGGAACGACCAUGGAGUGUAGAAGAAAUAUCAUUGCUAGUUAAGGCUGCAAAUAAGUUUCCUGGAGGUACUGUGAAUAGGUGGGAGAAGAUAAGUGAUCACGUUGCGUAUCACACAAGUUUACCACCCAGACCUAAUGAUGAAUUGAUUAAAAAGUCGAAAGACGUCCAGAAAGGUGCAAACGCGUUAGAAGAAGAUGUACGUCAAUUACAGCAUCAAAAAAAACAUACCGAUGUGCGUAUUACGGAUCAUCCUUCAAUGCGCGAAGCAACUAUUAAUUAUGAUGAGCCAGUGACAACGUCUGUUGAACCACGGAAUAAAUCAAAGUCUACACAAAAAGCGGGUAAAAAUAAGGCGAAAAAAGCCACUAGCGCACAACAACCAAUAGCAUCAACCUCAGAAAGUGCCGAGAUAAAAGAAACUUCUACGAAGGCAGCGACUACAAUUUCAAAAGAAAAGUCCGAAACGAAAGCUUCAGCGAACGGAAUAAAGUCUACCUCGGACGUCACCACGUCCCCUUCAUCACAGUCAGCCGCUAGUUGGACGGCAGUCCAACAAAGCCAAUUGGAACGAGCUUUACAGACCUACCCACCAACCUGGAAGGGUGAUGGAGAUAGAUGGGACAAGAUUGCUGCAGCAGUCGAAGAAAAAACAAAAAAGGAAUGCAAACUUAGAGUUAAGGUGAAAUGA